AUGGAGAGGCGACACUCGGCUGCGCUCAGUAGACCGUCGACCCCGCCGAUCCGCCCGCUGCCCGUCAGGCCAGCAGUGGGCACCUACGCCUCCAAGCCGUCGGCACCGCCGCCCCACCACGUCCGCUUCUCGCCCUCGCCCUCGCGCGCGCCGUCGCCGACUCGCGCUCCUUCGCCCACCCUCUCCCGCUCGUCGACCGCCGCGUCAGCACGCCCUUUGUCCCGCAUUGGCUCGACACCUGCUCCACCACGUCCAGCCCUCGCGAGACUCAGUACCUACACCUCAUCGACGACCGGCGUCCGCCCGCCCUCGCCCGCCCGCUCGACGACCUACCCUCCGACCCCUCUCGCGCGCCUCUCGACCCCGAUCAACCCGUGGCGCCCACCGUCCGGCGCUCCUCGUUCUCCUCUGCGCCGCGAGCCGACCAACACGUGGGACCUGCGUCGCCCGACGACGCACCCGGCGCUCAACCGCCCGUCGAGCCUGUACACCUCGCGCCGCACGGGCCUCGCGACCCCGCCGCCGUCGCGCCCCGUCUCGGGCACGAGCAGCACCGGCCGCUCGACGACGUCGUUCCAGCCCGUCCCGCCGCACCUCGCCUUCAUCGACCCGUCGAUCCCGCCCGCGUCCGUUACCGGCGUCCACCCCGAGGGCGCCGUCCUCGCGCGCAGCAACCUGUUUGUCGCGCGCGGCAAGGCCCGCCUCGGCGUCGCGUACUGGGAGUACGUCGCCGUCACGCGCGCGCAGCAGGUCCUCGAGGCGUACGUGCCCGAGGUGCGCGACCGGUGCGCGGCGGCGAGGCAGGGCGGGAGGAAGGCGGUCGAGGCCAUGAGGGUCGAGACGUACUUGGCGACGAGGUGCGUCAUCGAGGUGGCGGUUGCGGUGCUGAGGAUGAUCAAGGGGAGCGAGGACGGCAUGCGCAUCAACGCCGAGGUCGCCUCUCGACUCGUGCACAUCCGCUGGGGCGACGACGACGAGUGGCGCCGCAUCUGGGCGCUGCACAACGACCGCGGCAUCGACCCGAGCGUCAAGUCGCAGCGCGAUGCUCGCGCCGUCCGAGGCUACACCGAGCUCGCUGUCGACGUCUUUGCCGACCGGCCCGCCCUCUCGAAGCUCACUCUCUCGCUGCACAAGAGCAUCGUGCACCUCCUCGCGUCGUGGGACAUCGAGCUCGAGCUGCCGCGCUCGAUCGAGUUGCGCCGCCACGCGCAGAACAACGCCGACCGCGCCGCGUGGACCGAGCUGCAGUGGCGCAACGAGGCGUUCGCGAGCGGCAUGCGGGCGACGAGCGAGGGCGCGAGGAGGCUCGCGAGGGAGACGGCGAGGUUCUUGGACGGCGUCAGGGGCGGCCUCGACGGCGACAAGUACCUCUCGCUUUUCCAGCGCCUGCAGACGUACGCGCCGAUCGGGUUCGACCUCGAGCCGCGCAAGGAGUACUGCCCACGCUGA